UGAUUGUCGUGAGUCCUUAGUGGAAUGCACCGGAAGUGAUGUUGUUGUUCUUUCUCUCUCUAUCAGCAGUUUGAGCCCACUUGAACAAGCUCCCACACCUCGGUCUCUCUAUCUUUAUUACGAACUCUAUGAAUCUAACACAUAAAAAAUCCUUCGAAAAUUAUUUUACAUCUUUUUCAAUAAAUAGUUUAUUGCUGUUGUAUUGAUUUAGUUAUUUAAACGGCACAAUCAAAUCGUUUAUAAACUCUAAGGAGACGUGGCUAGACACGUGACCUCCUUACAUCAUCUGCCAGUAGAGUACAGUAGUUAGAAAUUUUUUUUAAAACCAUUUCUGUUUCAACUACUGAGUAGACAUUCCAUUCGACCUUAACAGCAGAAAGGUCAAAUAUUUUUGGAAAAAAAAAAUUAAACUAAUAUAAGUAUAAAAAAUGUUUUCUAGAAUUGUAAGACCAACUUUAGUAUCAGCUAGAAAUUUCAGCACAUCGAAACAGAAUAAUUAUAAAGUAGCAGUAUGCGGCGCUUCUGGUGGAAUUGGUCAACCCCUUUCUUUACUUUUGAAAAUCAAUCCAUUGGUUAGUCAAUUGUCUUUAUAUGAUCUCGUGCAUACACCCGGUGUGGCUGCUGAUCUGUCUCACAUUGAGACUAUCGCCAAAGUUAAGGGAUUCAACGGACAAGAAAAUCUUAAGGAUGCAUUGAAAGAUGCAGAUGUCAUCAUUAUUCCAGCUGGAGUACCAAGAAAGCCGGGAAUGACCAGAGAUGAUCUUUUCAACACAAAUGCAGGUAUUGUAAAAGCUUUAGUUGAAUGUGCUGCUGAAGUAGCUCCUAAAGCUCUUAUCGGGAUCAUUACAAAUCCUGUCAAUUCAGCCGUUCCUAUUGCUUGUGAGGUACUCAAGAAGGCUGGUAAAUUGGAUCCUCGACGUGUAUUUGGUAUUUCCACUUUGGAUAUUGUCCGUGCUAAUACAUUCAUUGCUGAAGCUAAAGGACUUAACCCCAAAGAUGUGAAUGUUCCAGUUAUUGGAGGCCACUCUGGUGUCACUAUUAUUCCCUUGAUUUCAAGAGCUACUCCAUCAGUAUCAUUCCCUCCAGAUCAACUUCAAGCUCUGACCACCAGGAUCCAAGAAGCUGGUACUGAGGUAGUGAAAGCUAAAGCCGGAGCAGGUUCAGCUACAUUAUCAAUGGCAUAUGCUGGUGCCCGUUUCGCAAAUUCCCUCCUCAGAGGACUUAAAGGAGAACCAAACGUAAUUGAAGCUUCUUAUGUUAUAUCUGAUGUUACAGAAGCAUCUUAUUUCUCAACACCUUUAGUUUUGGGUAAAAAUGGCCUUGAAAAGAACUUGGGAUUGGGAAAACUGAAUGAUUUCGAACAAGAAUUACUCAAAAAGGCACUUCCUGAACUCAAGAAAAAUAUCGAAGCUGGUAUUAAAUUCGCUAAUCAGUAAAAAUACGUGGUCGAGUCUUUAUUUCUUUUUUUUUAUUAUUAUUUUAAAAUCAUAUCUAGUCUCUCCUGUGGCAUUGUACAGGUUAAAAAAAGUUUAUAGUCCAGAAAUUUAUAAAAACUUUAUUGAAUUAGAUGUGGUAUCAAUGUCGAAUGAAUGUCAGAAAUAUAAAACUUUUUAAUCCGUA